ACUUUUCGCUCAGUCAGUUGUUGUGCAAACCCGGCGAAGUGAUAUGGCAAAAUUGGAUGAGCGCAUUGGUUUCAUUGGAGGCGGCAACAUGGCCUUCUCCAUUGGCUCGGGCCUCAUCCGCGGUGGCAUCGUGAAGCCCAGCCAGGUGUUGGCCUCUGGCCCUCACCUCGAGAAUCUCUCGCGCUGGCGAGAAUUGGGAGCAGUGACAACAGACGACAAUUGCGAGGUGCUCGAACACACUGACAUUAUCUUCAUUUGUGUUAAGCCCCAUAUGCUGGCACCUUGCACCACACAGCUCAAAUACAAACACGUUCCUUCUGCCAAGGAUGCCAGCAAACUGUUUGUCUCGGUGCUCGCGGGAACAACGCUGGCCACGCUGGAGGAGAAGUUUGCUUUUAUGGACAGCGCGAGUCUGAAGAUGAUACGCAGUAUGCCCAACACAUCGAUGCAGGUGGGCGAGGGUUGCACCGUCUACUGUGGCAACUCUCAUGUGCUGCACCACGAUCUGGAGAAGGUGCAUCUCAUGCUCAACUCCCUUGGGUUGGCCCAACAAGUGCCCGAGACGAUGAUCGACGCUGUCACUGGCAUUGCUGGCUGUGGACCUGCCUUUGUCUACACCAUGAUUGAGGCUCUGGCCGAUGGCGGUGUUAAACAAGGAGUUCCUCGCCAGAUGGCCAUCCAAUUCGCGGCACAAACACUCCUGGGAGCUGCCAAGACAGUGCUACUCACCGGCAAGCAUCCGGCUGUGCUGCGCGAUGAAGUUUGCUCGCCGGGCGGCUCCACCAUUGUGGGAGUGCACGAGCUCGAGAAGGGCAAUCUCAGAGCUACGCUUAUAAAUGCCGUGGAGAAGUCAUCGCAACGUUCAGCUGAGCUGGGCAAGAAAUGAGCUGAUUCCAUGGCGCAUAUUCCGACUCUCUAUACAUAGUUAUAAAAGAAACAGUUCCAUAAUUUUGUGUUGCAUUAAACGAUAUUACUAAAUAUAUAUGAAGCUUUAUCCA